CUUUGGACUUCAGCAUGGUGACUUCUCAGCUGCUGGCUUAUGUGGCAUUUUCAGUUUUCUGUGUCUUAACAGCCAACUCCCUGGACACUUUCACCGCAGCUGUUUAUGAGCAUGCCGUAAUACUGCCUAACUUCACCAUGACACCAGUGUCUCGCAAAGAGGCAUUGGUGUUAAUGAAUCAGAAUCUGGAUCUUUUGGAAAGAGCAAUCACAUACGCAGCAAAACAGGGUGCACACAUCAUUGUGACUCCAGAAGACGGUGUUUAUGGCAUGAAUUUCAGCAGGGCAACCAUUUACCCCUAUUUGGAGGACAUUCCAGACCCUCAAGUCAACUGGAUCCCCUGUGAUCAUCCCAGCAGGUUCCCUGAUACGCAGAUACAAAAAAGACUCAGCUGUCUGGCCAAGAACAACUCUAUCUAUGUGGUAGCAAAUAUAGGAGACAAGAAGUCAUGCAAUGCCAGUGACCCUCGAUGUCCCCCUGAUGGUCGUUACCAAUACAAUACUAAUGUGGUGUUCGAUUCUCAGGGGAAACUGGUGGCCCGAUAUCACAAGCAACAUCUUUUCAUGAGUGAAUCGCUUUACUUCAAUGCACCCAAAGAGCCUGAGAUGGUGACUUUCAACACCCCUUUUGGCAAGUUUGGCAUUUUUACAUGCUUUGAUAUCCUCUUCUACGACCCUGCCAUUGUCCUGGUGAAAGGUUUCCACGUGGACACCAUCCUCUUCCCAACGGCUUGGAUGGAUGUUCUACCACACUUGGCAGCCAUUGGAUUCCACUCAGCUUGGGCUAUGGGCAUGGGGGUCAAUUUACUUGCAUCCAAUUUACAUAGACCUCAGAAGAGAAUGACAGGAAGUGGCAUCUAUGCACCUGAUUCUCCAAGAGCAUUUCAUUAUGAUAGGAAGACAGAUGAGGGAAUGCUUCUCCUCUCUCAGCUGGAUUCCAACCCUUACCUCCCCGAGGUGAACUGGAAUUCUUAUGCCAGCAGCAUAGGAGCACUCUCAACUGGAAACCAAGAAUUUAAGGGCAGUGUCUUUUAUGAUGAGUACACCUUUGUGGAGCUCACAGGAAUCACAGGAAAUUAUACUGUUUGCCAGAAAGAUCUCUGCUGUCAUCUACACUACCAGAUGUCUGAGAAGAGAUCCGAUGAAAUUUAUGCUCUAGGGGCAUUUGAUGGAUUGCACACAGUUGAAGGGCGUUAUUAUCUACAGGUUUGCACUAUGUUAAAGUGUAAAACCACUGACCGACAUACUUGCGGUGCUUCAGUUGACAAAGCGUCUACUUGGUUUGAAAUGUUCUCCCUCAGUGGCACUUUUGGAACCCAAUACGUCUUUCCUGAGGUGUUGUUGAGUGAAGUUUGGCUUGCACCUGGAGAAUUUAAGGUGUCAAGUGAUGGACGUUUGCUCAGUGUGAAGGCGACAUCUGGACCUGUGUUGUCAGUCUCUCUGUUUGGGAGGGUGUAUGAGAAGGACGAGGCACCAAAUGCUGCCUCAGACCUCACAGCACGGGCAAUGAGCAUAAUGCUAAUGGUUGUGACACCUAUGGUAUACUUAUUAUGUUGGUAGAACAUUUACAUUUUUUUUAUUUAGGAUAAUUAAAAAUGACAGAUGAGGAAAGCUUGGUCUGAGCUUUUGCUUAUGUAUCUGGCAUACUGAAAAACAACUGUACAUUUCUCUUUAACCCACUCACAUAGUAGACAACAUAAGCCUAAUAUAGUAUUGCCUAAGACAAAGUUUCAAAAACCAUAAACAUAGGUUUUUCUUGGAACUGAGCUGGUUAUAUCAAGUGGAUAUCAUAUAUGUUUUACUCAGAAAUAAAAGUGAUAGUGAAGAGGCACAUUGAAAGCAGUCAUAAAAUAUACUUGGAAGAAUUCAGAAUCCAUUGCCAUUUGUAUUAUAGCAUACUUCUUAUCUAGUUCUGCUUAAGAUUUCCAAUGGUUUUCCUUGUUUCCUGCUAGUUAUUUACCUAGACAAUGCUUUUCAAUGCUAGAAUAGGUUGAAUAGUAUACACUCAGAUUUGUAAGGCCUAACUCAUAAACUGAGGUCCUAACUCCCAAUAGUUGUGUGUCUGAUUUUGGAGAUUCCAUUCAGAAGGCCAUUAGGAUGGAUCAUUUCAUCUGACUGAUGUCCUUACAAAAAUAGAGUAUAGAAAGACACAAAACAAAGAAGACCAUGCAAUCACACAGAAGAAAUGGCCAUCUAAAAGCCAAAGAAAGAUGUGUGAGGAGAAACCACAUCAGACAGGUUGGUGUUAACUUCUUACCCCCACAAUUAUGAGAAAAUCAGUCAUUUCUGUUGUUAAAGUCA